AGUAAAACUGAGUGAUCUAAUUUCUAUCUCUCUGCAUGUCCCUGCAUGUUCGAACCAUAGCUACUUUAUUGAUCCAUUUUUUCGACCAAAAUAAAAGUAGAGAAAAUCUAUUGUCCUUUUCGCUAAUAUCGAAUUAAAAAUAUUGAGCAAUGAUGAAAUCCAUGUUGAGAAAAUAUUCAUCACUUUGAUCCUGAAGAAAGAAGAAGAAGAAGAAUUAUAUAAUGAAGGCAUUGGAAGCAACCGUAAGGAAAACACAAUUGGUAGCCAGAAAACGAGCACACACAAUUUUCGGCACGUAUGGACCAACACAGGUAGAUGAUCAAGACCUUAACAAAGAAAAAGAAUUAGAAGAAAAUAUUAAUGAAGGUCACACAAAUGGAGAAUUAUAUCACUCAGAAAAAUUUCUUCCAAAUGGAGAUUAUUAUACUGGAUAUUGGGUCGAUAAUGUACCUCACGGACAAGGAAAAUAUUGGUGGACAGACGGAUGUAUGUACGUAGGAGAUUGGUUUAGAGGCAAAAUGAUGGGAAAAGGUAUAUUUAGCUGGCCAUCUGGUGCAAUGUAUGAAGGGAAUUUCAAGAAUGGUUAUAUGGAUGGAAAUGGAACAUAUACAGCACCAAAUGGAGAUACAUUUAGAGGUUGUUGGUUAAUGGAUUUGAAACAUGGACAUGGUAUUAAAGAAUAUGCAAAUGGUGAUUGUUAUGAUGGGGAAUGGUGUAGAGGAUUACAACAAGGAAAUGGGAAGUAUACAUGGAAAAAUGGGAAUUAUUAUAUUGGUGAAUGGGAAAAUGGUACAAUUUGUGGGAAUGGGAAAUUGUAUUGGAGUAAUGGGAAUUUAUAUGAAGGAAAUUGGGAAGAUGGAUUGCCUAAGGGGAAAGGGACAUUUAGAUGGGGUGAUGGGAGUUAUUAUGUUGGUAAUUGGAGUAGAGAUCCAGAUGAAUUAAAUGGUACAUUUUAUCCAUCUGAAUCUUUAUUAGAAAGAGGGAAUUUUGAAUGGGAUCCUCAACAAGUUUUCAAUGUUGAUUUGAUGGGAUGUACAAUUUCUCCAAAUGAGAAGGUUUCAAUAUUGCCUUCACAGAAAAAACUCGCGGUUAGGAUAUCAUCGAAGCCUGGGGACAACAACGUUAGUAGGCCGAGGAGGAUAUCGAUAGAUGCAGCAGUAGAUAAGGAAUUUGGUAGAAUGGAGUUAUCAGAUGGAAUAGGAACAACUACUACUGGAAUAGGAACAACUACUACUACUACAAGUAAUUCUUGUUCAGAUAUUGAAGCCAUGGUUAGUUUGCAAGAAGCUGAAGGAUAUAAAGGAGGUAGUCCUAUUAGAAUUCCUAAGGUUGUUAAAAGGCAAGGAGUCACCAUUUCUAAAGGGCAUAAAAAUUAUGAACUUAUGCUCAAUUUGCAGUUGGGAAUCAGGCAUACAAUACAAAAGCUUGGUCCUGUUCCAACACUUGAUCUGGAGCCAUCAGCUUUUGAUCCAAAAGAGAAGUACUGGACAAGAUUUCCGCCUGAAGGAUCCAAGCAUACGCCGCGUCAUCAGUCUUGUGAAUUCAGAUGGAAAGAUUAUUGCCCAAAAGUUUUCAGGGCUUUAAGGAUGUUAUUUAAGGUGGAUGCAACAGAGUAUAUGCUCUCCAUUUGUGGCCCUCUCAGAGAGCUAAGCUCUCCUGGAAAAAGUGGAAGCUUUUUUUACUUGACAAAUGACGAUAGAUACAUGAUCAAGACAAUGAAAAAGGCAGAAGUAAAGGUACUUAUAAGGAUGCUCAGCGCUUACUACAAUCAUUUUCGUUCUUUUGAGAACACCCUUGUGACUAAGUACUAUGGCCUGCAUUGCCUGAAGCUAAAUGGACCAGCUCAAAAGAAGGUCCGGUUCGUGAUCAUUGGAAAUCUUUUCUGCACCAAUUACACUAUUCAUAGACGGUUUGACUUGAAAGGAUCAACAUUUGGCAGAAUAACAGAUAAACCAGAAUCAGAAAUUGAUACAACAACAACUCUUAAAGACCUUGAUCUGAACUUCAUAUUCAGGCUACAAAAAUCAUGGUUUGAAGAAUUCAGGAGGCAAGUUGAUAGGGAUUGUGAGCUGUUGGAACAGGAAAGAGUGAUGGACUACAGUCUUUUAGUUGGUGUUCAUUUUAGAGAAGGAAAUGCUACUGUUACUGGAUAUCAAACUCCUUCUGGCUGUAAAACACCUAUUGAAAAUGGCAGCUCAGAAAUUGAACCGGUUCAUCGGUUUUCUCGAUCAGAUGUGGAUCUAUUACUUCUUAAUGCUGCAGGGUUGACAAGCACAAGUUUGGGAGUAAACAUGCCUGCAAGAGUUGAAAGGACAAACAGGAAAAAUGAUUUGGACUUUCAGCUAAUAGGAGAACCAACAGGAGAGUUAUAUGCUGUGACUUUAUAUUUUGGAAUAAUAGACAUACUUCAAGACUAUGACAUUACCAAAAAGCUUGAACAUGCAUAUAAGUCUAUCCAAUGUGACCCUAACUCAAUCUCAGCAGUUGAUCCAAUGGCAUACUCCAGGCGAUUUCGCGAUUAUAUAUUCAAAGUUUUUGUAGAGGACAAUUGACGAGGAAUAUAGUACUUGUUUUUCUUUUCUGAAUUUGAUGGGAGGACUCCAACAAUUUUUGCUGUUGAAGCUUUGAAGAAACUUAUGCUUCAUGGAAUUUUGUCAUUUUUAUCAUCAUAGAUAUAUAUACACUAAUUUAAUAGCAAUUGUAUAGAGAAAUUAAGUUGUAAAAGGAGCAACUCAAAUUAACUUUGUUUUGAUACUUAGUACCUUUUGUCAAUUAAUUAA